AAAAAAAAAGACAUUUUUUGGAUCCUCCUGUGGUUGGCAAAGUACACAAACACGACUCUGCUACUCUGCUUGUUCUUGAUUCUAUAUGAUCAUCCUCUUCUCCGCUCGCAAUACAUUUUCAUUCACUCGUUUAACCUUUCGUCACUACACUUCUUCUUCCCCUCUUCUCGACCCAUCUCUCUGUCUCCUCCAACUUCUCCAAUUCUCGAUCGACCAUCAAUCUCUGAAUCUCGCCAAACAGUCCCAUGGCCGUGUCUUCCAUCUGGGUUUCGACCAACACUCUCUCAUUGCAACAAAGCUCAUCUCCGCAUACUCUCUUUGCAAAAACCCAUCUCACGCGCGACACGUUUUCGACUCGGUUCGAUUCAAGAAUGUGUAUUUAUGGAACACAAUGAUUAAUGGGUACGCAAGAAAUUAUCUGUAUAAUGAGAGUUUUGAAUUGUUUAAUCGAAUGUGCCGAAGUGAGGACUCGCCUGAUGAUUUCACAGUUUCGACUCUUUCGAAAGUUUGCGGUGAAAUCGGAAACUUGUAUGCUGGGAAAGCGAUUCACGGCGUGUGUAUACGAACUGGGUUUGUUUCGGAUACUGUUGUUGCCAACUCAAUUGUGUCUAUGUAUUGUAAAUGUAAGGAUUUUAUUGAAUCCCGCAAGGUGUUUGACGAAAUGCCGCACAGGAAUAAUGCCUCUUCUUGGAACGCUCUAAUUGCAGGUUUCAUGGCUUCUAGGGAGUGUGCUUUUGAUAGUUAUAUAUGGGAAUUGAUUAAAUAUAUGCAGAUUGAAAAGUUGAAACCCGACGCAUUUACUGUUUCGAGUCUCCUUCCUCUGUGUGGGGGAGAUGCUGAGAAAUUGAAUUAUGGAAAGGAGCUUCAUUGUUACAUUGUAAAGAACGAAUUGGAUUUGGGUUUGGGUUCAGGUUCUGAUGUUCAUUUAGGAUGUUGCUUGAUUGAUGUGUAUUCAAGAAGCAAUAAAAUCAAUGUGGCUAGACGGAUUUUUGACCGCAUGAAGUCUAGAAAUGUUUUCGCUUGGACAGCUUUGAUCAAUGGCUACGUACAGAAUGGAGCAUUCGACGAAGCCCUGGUUCUUUUUCUUGAAAUGCAAGUGAGGCAUCUAGUAGAACCCAACAAGGUCUCCCUUGUGAGUGUUCUCCCCGCUUGUAGUUCGUUUGCUGGUUUAAUGGGUGGGAAACAAAUCCAUGGAUUUGCCAUCAGAAAGGAAUUGAAUGAUGAAGUUUCUUUAUGCAACGCUCUGAUUGAUAUGUAUUCCAAGUGUGGGAGCUUAAAUUGUGCAAGACGAGUCUUCAACAAUCAUUCUUUUCGUAAAGAUUCAAUAUCUUGGAGUUCGAUGGUUUUUGGAUAUGGGUUGCACGGCAAGGGUCAAGAAGCCAUUUGUUUGUAUGAGGAAAUGCUUCAGCUUGGGAUUAAACCAGACGUGAUUACAAUAGUGGGUGUGCUCUCUGCUUGUGGUAGAUCAGGAUUGGUAAAUGAAGGGCUUGAUAUUUAUAAAUCAGUUGUACAAGAUUAUGGAAUUAAACCGACACUGGAGAUAUGUGCUUGUGUGGUCGAUAUGUUAGGUCGAUCAGGCCAGCUGAUGCAAGCAUUGGAUUUCAUCAAGACAAUGCCUAUGAAACCUGGUCCUAGUGUUUGGGGUGCUCUUCUUAGUUCUUCUCUACUUCAUGGGAAUUCUGAGAUGCGCGAUCUGGCUUAUAAGUUCCUUACUCAGAUAGAACCGGAGAACCCUUCUAAUUAUGUCUCACUUUCAAACUUAUAUGCUGCUUCUAAGAAGUGGGAUGUUGUGGCUGAAGUGAGAACAAUGAUGAAAGAAAAACAACUAAGGAAGUUGCCUGGAUGCAGUUGGAUAACAAUUAGUAGCGAAACUCACAGCUUCUAUGUUGCUGAUAAAAUCCAUCCUUGUUCUGAUAGGAUUUAUGAAAUGCUGCAUGAACUCUUUCUAGCAAUGAAGGGAGACAAUAAUUUUGCAGAUUAUGAAUAUUUGAUGUAGAUUUUGGGUAUUAGAGGUAAUCAGGACAUUGCAUUGUGCCUAAGUUCUGUAGUGCUACAACGGACGGAGUGGCUUGAAAUAUUAAGAAUAUUUGAGAAUAAAGAAAAUUGACUUAUUAUCUUUAAUUCAAACUGUCAUCAUCAAAAUUAAGGUCAAUUAUCAUCAGGAUUGCCUCUAGUCUAUAAAAGUGGAACGGGCAUGCGGUCUUGCUGUAAGCCUCACCUCAAGUCUCAUUCAAGUGAUCUAAAUCGUUCAUU